AUGGCAAACGUGACAGGUGUAUACUCGUCUAUACCCGAUCCGAGCGCCGUCAUAAAUCUCCUUGCUUUCAUCUGUACCUUGGAUUGCUGGCAGGUCGCUCGGUCGAAAGUCGGCCCACCCGUACUAACGAUGCACAGUGCACUGCUCGUGGACGAAAUAUUCCGCCAAAUACUCGAUGAAUGCGAUGACCUCAGCGACCCGAGCUCGCGGACGACGUUGAGUCGCCUGAGUCGAUGCUGCCAAGCGUGGAAGGAUGCGGCCCUGGAUCAGCUAUGGCGCCGAUUGCCUAGCAUUUCUCCGUUAUUAUCCUUGAUUCCUGGACAUGUCUUCGUGAACGGACAGCAUACCCUGGCUCGCCAUGCUGGUAUCAUCUUGCUAGACGAACUUUCUACUUUUCAUUCCUACGCGCGCCGAGUCCACCGUCUUGUAUGGACGGCCGAGACGCAUAUCUGCCGGCACUUGGCGUCUUACCUGGAAGAUAUGCGGAUUCACUCUUCAACCGGCACCAUCUUUCCGCAACUAGCCUCAUUCCACGGGACUUUCGUGGUGACUGAAGACGACGUCGUCCCCUGGUCAAUUGUAUUGUCGGGCAGCUUGCGUCAUGUAGACAUCCACGGCCGUUUUAAACUGAGCAAGGGAGGCGAAGAGGCCUUGUCUAAUUGGCUCACCCGGCUGUCGUGUGUUGCUCGUCUGGAUUCCUUCAACUACUGGGGAUGCGCUCGCAAGACACUCGGUCAAACUAUCUCAUCCCUAUCGACUGUCCGGUCCAUGAGUCUGCGGACCGGCAGCCAGCUCGGCUUCCAUGAAGGUACUCUGGCAGGGAUCGCGACAUUCCCGCGCCUUCACACUCUGAAACUCACACUUCAUGAUAUCUCUGCGGCUCAGUUUUUCGCCGCUCUCAAUGAUUUCACUGGCCCAAUAUUUCCGGCCUUGCAAAAAUUGCAUAUAGACACGUCUCUCGAGCUCUUAGACUGCAUCAUAGAACAUCUGCCUCAAGAUACCUUGCGUUCCCUCCAUAUAGAAUUCCCGGGAAGCACCGUUUCAAACUCAAUGAUGCCCGUUCUGGCGAAAAUUGCUGAUCGGGCGGCCGAUACCUUACAGGACCUCACAAUAAUACACGACGUAGAGACGGACGAUAUCCAGUACAGCCUAGAAAACGAAGACGACCUUCAUGACCCGUCGGUUAUAGCAAGAUACGGCGACCUCUUUUGGACGAUAGACACACUACAGCCUCUAGCCAAGCUGCGGGCUCUACGCCAUUUCGACUUAGACACUAUACUUCCUCCUCUCCUACGACACAAAGACGUCGACGAGCUGCUGGGGUGGUGGCCUCGCGCAGAGCGCGUGCAUCUGGCGUUUGGCUCCCGUGAAGAGGACGCCAGCCCUUUCGCCAAGAAUAUUGCACUCCAGCUGGAACAGGCCCGCGGGAUCAAGAGCCUGGUUCUUCCCAAGCGUGAUGCUCUCGGGAGGCCCUUCGACAUUGCCGCCCUAUCCCGCUGCUCCACUCCUGCUCCCAAAAUCUAG